AUGUCACAAGCAAUGAACUGUACCAAAAGCUGCAAGCAUCGGUAUUGUGUCACAUCGAGAACCGCCUCCGAGUUUAACGCUCUCAAGGAGAAUAUAGUUGAUAAUACCAGCGCAAUACAGAUCAACGUCAGUGAGUUAGAGAAUAAAUUGAAAUUUAUUGCCAGCGUCAGAGAUUUGCCAACUCUGGCCGAAUAUAUUCUUAGCAACAAUGCCAAUACCAAUGAACGCAUCAACUUAAUUGGUCAGGAUCUGCAGCGUAUGAAGGCUGUGGUAGACCAUAACAAUUGCAUGCAGGAAAUGCAGUUGUGGAAACUUACGUGCGAAUUCAACACCGCUGUCGACAAAUAUUCGAAGCAACGAAAACAAUUUUCGGCGUUGACUCAAAGGAGCUAUCAAGCGGAUCCCAAAGAAGAGUUAUUGCAGGAACUAAAUAUGAUUUUGGAGGAACAACAGGGAAUGACGGUUCCCCCAAUUGAGGAGACACUCAGUGAUGGAAAUGGACGUCGGUGUAUGAUUCUCAUUCUAAUUGUGUUUGCUGUGAUAGUAGCUUUAAUUGUAACUGGUAUUGUUGGCGUAUAUUGCAUUAAAUAA